UACCAAAAACAUGUCGAAAAAUAAAGCGCGGUAAAUUCUGGUCGUUAUAUUAGGGUGCAAUACACAUCCGACAUAUAAUUUGAAAGGUUUUUAGCAUUAUCGUCGAAGAAAUCGAUGGACAAUGAAUUAUGGUUUACUGGUGAAUAUUACAGCGGUCAGAUUAAAUGAAGGAAACCACAGUUGUUUAUCGAAUUAUUCCGAUGUACGAUACACAUUGUCAGUGGAAACCUGAAGGAUGAUGGAUUUGAUAUCGAGACACGUGUUGAAGGUUUAUAAAUCAAACAUAUUCGAUCGAUUGGGAGCGGAAAAGGGAGAAGUAAAGAUCAUCCAUCAGUUCUAAUUACUUAUAAUAAGAAUCUUUGUCGUUUCGACCGAAGGCUAUAGUCCGAUGAUUUCUUGCUCCUAUAUUGAACAACAACUACAUUGUUUUAUCAGAAAUCCGCAUCACAUGACAACAUAACGUUUUGCACAGAUAAAUAAAUUCAACUUUCGCGUAAAAUUCGAUAUUGACGAUAGCGUUAAUUAUCGUUUGAUCGUCAGAGCAGUGAGGCCGCGGGGUGACGGAUUAUUAACUUUUGUGAUGAAAGUUAUUUUUUUCCCUCAUUUGGAUACAUUUACCUGCAGAAAGUUAUACCAGCAUAAAACAGCCAUGGUGAGGCGAGAGGCCACGCUGCUAAUUCUAUUGGUCACAAUACUGAGGCACAGUACUACACAUGCCGCCCAAAUACCUGCCCUACCGACCACAACCGUGGCGGUCGCAAGCACGGUGCAGAUCGAAUGCGCGAGCGAAUCAAUCAUCGUGCAUAUUUCGACGGAGGGUAACUCCGCGUUUCACGGUCUUGUAUAUCCACGAGGCCUUUCGAAGAACAGCUCGUGCCUACAGGAAUACAGGAGUCAGCCGGCCCCCAUUACCUACACCCUACCCCUUAGGUCGUGCAACACUAUGCCGACCGAGCUGGAUGACGGUGGAAUUGAAUAUUUCAACACAAUAGUUGUCCAGCCUCAUCUCAAAUUAGUCACAAAUCAAGGGAGAGGAUUUCACGUGAGAUGCCGAUAUCAAACUAGGGAUAAAAUUGUUACAAAUGACAACACGCACGUCGCGAUGUUACAGUCGCUUCCGCUUCAGGCAACUGCACCGAUGCCUGGCUGCACGAUGAAAAUUUUCAGUGGAGAUCCGACGCAGCACCAGGUUGCAGAAAAUGUGAAGAUUGGCGACCCGUUGACUCUGGUUAUCAGCAUUGACACUCAGGAGACGUAUGGCCUGAGGAUUUCAGAUUGCCUCGUUCGGGAUGGCUUUGGCUGGGGUGAACAGCGCCUGAUAAAUGACGAAGGCUGUCCAGUGGAUAAGGAAAUAAUGGAUCAGUUUACCUACAGCGAGGACAAGACUAAGGCAGAAGUAAACUUCCAGGCUCACAAAUUUCCAUACAUCGCCAGCGUUUAUUACCAGUGCAACGUUCAGCUCUGCGUGAAAUUAGAAGGCGGAUGUGAGAAUACGCCACCAUCGUGCAACAGCAAAGGAAGACGGCGCAGGGAUUUGCCAAGCGAUAAGUCAAAGGGCGAUAUUAAUACGGUGGAAGGCUUACCUGACAGUGGAACACCAGCUACGAUCGAAGUCUUCAGUGGACUUUAUGUGAACGAAGCUUCAGACACCACUUCAAAGUCGGAUUACUUCAAUGAAGUCUCUAAAGAAAGGACUAUAGAUGAUCCGAAUAGCAUAUGCAUAUCACAGAGGAGCUUCGCAAUUGGCAUAGCGAUAGCUGGAUUGAUCCUGAUGUUGGCGGUGGUUGCUGCGAUUCUGGUUCUCUUGGCAAGGCGGCGGCACAAGAGCAUUUCAACAACAGGAUCAUCAAUCUAUAGUGGCCCUUACACAAACACUGCCUACAGUCAUAGCAGUUAAACUUUUGUAAUUGUACUGGAUAUUACACAUAUCGAGUCGGCAGUAUUUUUUGUUUGUUUUGAAUAUUAUGUCUUUGGGGAGAAAUCAAAGUUCAAAAAGUUACUAUAUGUACAUAUAGCAAUGGAUUUAAGAAAG